CUUUUCCUGCCCCAUGACAGUUAUGUGGAGGCACCAGGUACAUGCUGGGCUUGUGAUUCUCCUUGCUUUCUGGAGUCUGGCAGAUGGUGGGAAGCUCUUGGUGAUGCCUCAGGAUGGAAGUCACUGGCUGAGCAUGCGCAUGGUCCUGGAGAAACUCUGGGAGAAGGGACACGAAAUUGUGGCCGUGGUUCCUGAUGCUGCCUUGUUCUUGAAAAGCUCCCAGUCCUUCACCAUCAAAACAUAUUCAGUGCCUUACACCCAGGAGUUUGUGGAUCAGUCCUAUAAUGAGCUGGGGGAAAGGAGCUUUGAGCCCCUAAAGCUCUCAGUUUUACUCAGCAAUAUCUCAGAGCUGACCAACAUGUUCUCUUCUGCUUGUCAGCACCUCUUAUACGACAAAGAACUCAUUAAGUACCUCCAGGACAGCAAAUUUGAUGCCAUCAUGAUGGACCCUGUGCUGCCCUGUGGGCCAAUUCUGGCUGAAUAUCUCUCCCUCCCCUCUGUGUACUUCAUGCGUGGCCUUCCUUGUACCUUAGACUACAAAGCCAUGCAGUCUCCCAGCCCUGCGUCCUACGUGCCCAGGACUUUCUCAUCCAAUUCCGACCAAAUGACGUUCCCAGAGCGUGUGAAGAACUUCCUGAUCGGGGUCUCAGAGCCUUUGCUUUGCGACCUGUUUUAUUUGAAAUACAAGAACUUGGCCUCCGAGUUUCUGCAGAGGGAUGUAACCAUGCAGGAGCUGUUCAGCCAAGCAUCAGUUUUGCUGAUGAGAUAUGACUUUGUUUUUGAGUAUCCACGCCCCAUCAUGCCCAACAUGGUCUAUGUUGGGGGCAUCAACUGUCAGGAAAAGAAGCCACUCUCAAAGGAGAGCUUAGGUCGAGUUGUCACCAUCACUUAUGGCAUGCUCUAUAUCCAGACCAUCCUGGUGUUGCAACAGCAGGAGUUACUGCUCAGCUUACAACACGUUUACUAUAAGUGA